AUGGCCACCGACAUGUUCAGCGCGGUCGGUCUGACUCGUCAGAGAUGGUACCAGCUCAGUAGGGGAAUCCGCGACCCUCCAGCUGCUCAAAACACCAGCUUCGACAGCAGCAAGGAAGUAAACUUGGGAGACGAUCAGGAAGAGGAUGAAGAUGAUGAAGAUGAUGAGCUUGACCUUGAGUACGACUCUAUCGACGACUGCGCCUCUUGCACUUCCGAGCCCGACAACACCAGCCCCCUCCCUGCCUCAACUCCACUGGACCAGCUCUUCGCAGACAUUGAGGCCAAGGAGCGCAGAGAAAAGGAAUCAAAGGUCAAGGAGCCCCUGUCACUUGCCAUGCGCAACGACAAGCGCAAGAAGAUUGCCUUCGCCGACUUCGACAAAUGGGCUCGUGCCAGAACAGGAGCAACCAACGAUGACUCUCAGUCCAACAAGCGUGAUGACACUACUCCCACCGAGACUCGCGACCCUACCACUAUCCUCAAGGUCUACGUCUACGAGAUCCAACACAUGGCUUGCUUCGAGAUCUGGACUCGUGCAGCCAACGGCCGCUUUCGUCCUGCGCUCAUGGAAAUCAACUACACCUGCAGCAAACUCAGCAAUCCCGACAGGGAAAUUAUGAUCUCGAUGAUUGAUGCUCUCAUUGAUACCUACAACAAGUCAGUCCACGCAAGUCGCUCGGGAAUAAUAACGGACACAUAUCCAAAGACUGAGAAGGGCUCGAACAACUGGUGGCACGAGAAAUACAACCACUACAACGACUGUAUUGCGCGCCUGGAGUUCAUCAAGGUCAAGGUUGAAGAGCUCGUCUGA